GGCCGCCCGCGUUCAUGUCCUCCCUCCUCCGUCUCACUCGCCUCCAUCUCCGCACACUCGCGUAUACGCACCGUUCACAUCUUUUACUGCGACCAUACUCAUCUCAGCUCCGUAACAUGUCCGCGAAAACCAUCGCUGUUCUCGACGAGUCUGAACUCAAGGAUGGAGAGAUGAAACAAGUGGAUUUCGAAGGCGAAGGCAAGGUGCUCCUUGCACGUCUCGGCGACAAGAUUCACGCGACGAGCGCAUUCUGCACUCACUACGGUGCCCCUCUUGCGAAGGGUGUCCUCACUGCCGAUGGUCGUGUUGUCUGCCCCUGGCAUGGUGCCUGCUUCAACGUGUGCACUGGUGAUAUUGAGGAUGCGCCUGCACCCAAUCCCAUCCACUCUUUCAAGGCGUACAUCGCCGACAACAAGAUCCACGUGACCGCGAAUCCCUCCGACACGCUCAAGAGCAACCUCUCCCGCCAACCCAAGCUGUCUGCUGCAACUGUAAGCAACAGAAAAGGUGUCGUCAUUGUCGGUGGCGGCAGUGGUACGUUUCACUGUGUCGAAGGCUUGCGCGAGCACGGGUACAAUGGUCCGAUCACUGUGCUCUCGAGGGAGUACUACAGUCCAAUUGAUAGGACUAAGUUGAGUAAGGCGCUUAUCACGGAUCCGGCGAAGAUCGAGUUGCGCUCUCCUGAGGAGCUAAAGACAGAAUAUGGUGUUGACCUUCGAACCAGUACCGAGGUUACUGCGGUGGACGUGCCUGCAAAGGAAGUCGUCGUUGGUCAGAACAAGGAGCGCGUUCCAUACGAUACGCUUAUCCUGGCGACGGGCGGUGUGGCCAGGAGGCUCCCGAUCGAGGGUAAAGACCUUGCGAAUGUCUACACUCUGAGAGGCAUUGAUGAUGCGAAGAAGAUUGACGCAGCUUGCCAGGAGGGUAAGCGACUCGUAGUGAUCGGUUCCUCCUUCAUCAGCAUGGAGCUCGUGGUCGCGGUCUCGAACCGCAAGCUCGCGUCGAUCGAUGUUAUCGGUCUGGAGGAAGUCCCCUUCGAUUCCAUCCUUGGCAAGCAGGUUGGCCAGGGUCUCAUGAAGUUUCACAUCAGCAAGGGUGCGCGCUUCCACAUGCAAAGCACCAUUGAGAAGAUUGUGCCUUCGAAGACGGACUCGUCUAAGGCCGAGGCUGUUAUUUUGAAGACGGCUGACGGUCAGCGGACACUGCCAGCAGACGCAAUAGUCAUGGGCGUUGGUGUUGCCCCCGCGACACAGUUCCUGAAGGGGAGCAAGGGUUUCGAAAAUGCGCUUGACAAGAGCGGGGGGGUGGUCGUGGAUCAGUUCUUGCAGGUGAAGGGAGUGGAGGACGUGUAUGCCAUUGGCGAUAUUGCGAUCUACCCUCAGCCUGGGACGGGGGAGAUGAGGAGGAUCGAGCACUGGAACGUUGCUGGCAACCAAGGACGUGCGGUCGGUAAAACGAUCGCGGAAGGAAAGCCCCAGCCGUACGUCAAGAUCCCUGUGUUCUGGAGUGCACAGGGUCAGCAGCUGCGCUACUGUGGCGUUGGCGCAGGAUUCGAUGAUAUUAUCAUGGUCGGAAAUCCAGAUGAGAUGAAAUUCAUUGCAUACUAUGUGAAAGACGAUAAAGUCGUUGCAGUGGCUAGCAUGCAAAACGACCCUGUUGUCAGCAAGGCAUCUGAGCUCAUGCGGCUGGGCAUGAUGCCAUCGCCUGCAGAGCUGAGGGGUGGUAAGGAUAUUCUGUCUGUUGAUAUCCAGACCGUUAGCGCAAAGGGCAGGGUGUUGUCAGCCAACUAAGAGAACGUUGUGCAUGUCAAGAGAAGAAGCAAAUGACUCGGUGUAUCGUGUGAUGAUUGGACUUGUAUAAGAAGAUAGCCUCCUGUAGUUCUACGCCUGUAGCAUAUAGCCCUCGUGAACGCGAUCAACAGAAUCUUGUAAGCUGUAGCAUUGAAAAGAAUUUUUGACAGAGGGCAU